GCAAUUGAAAUUGAAGAGCUAUUCUUAGUUAUCUGGCCAGGAUGGAUCAAAAAGAGACUACCAAACGGCAUGAGAAACGGACAUUGCAAGAGACCGACAAGUUGCCUGCAACUCCAGGAACCCACAACAAUUUAACUACAUCGCCAAAAGCGAAUGAAAAGUCAUCGCCCUACGACCACACCAAUGCACCCAGCAUCUCUUCCGGCCUCCCACCAGAGCUCUGGACUAUUGUUCAAUCCGCGGCUGCCAACUUCGCACCACAGUUCUUCCUUGAGGUUAGUGAUGACUUGCUCGAGAAUCCCAACCUGACAGCCUCGUACCUCGCCCGCGCGGAGCUGUCGUAUCAGAGCUUCACAGACGCGACGUUUAACCCAAAGGCGAAGACUUCAGAAGAUUUGGCAAGCAUCAUCAAGCACCUCAGGCCUGAAUGUCGGCCGCAACUGGUUGAGGGCGGCGUUGAAGGGUACGACCUGGAAUGGACGGUCGUCCGGAAACUAAUCCCACGGAAUCCAAAACUCGACGACGCACUGAUGCAGACAUGUCACCUCUUCAUCUCCCAUCAGGACGUCACGGUCACACGCCCAAGUGGCGAGACAGCAACGGUCAACGCAGAGCGGUAUCUAGUCAUCUACAUCCCGCACGUCGACUCCCCGGAUGCCAUGCCCUUCUACCACCCCAAAGUCCGGAGCCUGGGCAUAUUGUACACAUACCUUCCUAACCAGGAGCCUAUAUCAUCACCCCUUACCUCAGCGGGACUUUUGUCCAUUCACUAUAACCUUUUUCCUUCCCACCCGCUCGACAACAGACUCUCCCGCACAGCCCUCAAGCUCCUUGAGAUCAUACACAAGCACUCACGUGGCCAACAGGGAGGGUACAAGAAGCGCGUCCACCACGACCAGAUCAUUGGACAGAAGAGAUAUCAAGAUACAUGUGCAUACUUGAAGGGCAAGUACGCAAAGCAAUUGAUCGAAAACUGGGUCGAGCAGACACUGCCGGAGAAGCAUGUCUUCGAGGAUCUGGGCAUCGCAGCCUUUCUGAUGGAGCUGUGGGUCGACAUGUACGGCGGUCCAACAGUUCCACAAAAGAUCGAUGGAGAAGAAUCGGAAAAGCGGAGAGAAAGAGCAAAAUCCAAUUUCCCCGGCUUCGUAGACAUAGGCUGCGGCAACGGCCUGCUCGUCUACAUUCUCCAUACCGAAGGCUGGCACGGUUGGGGCUUCGACGCCCGACGACGAAAGACAUGGGACACCUUCCCUUCCUCCUCCGCAUCUAAGCUUAAAGAACUCCUGCUGGUUCCCCAAAUCCUCCUUCCGAAUGAAAACGACGACGACGACCCAUCACUGUCCAACGCUCCACCAUCCCAUAACGGGAUUUUCGAAAAGGGAACGUUCAUCAUCUCAAACCACGCCGACGAACUCACGCCCUGGACUCCAUUGCUCGCAUAUCUCUCAUCCUCCCCAUUCUUAGCCAUACCCUGUUGCUCCCACGACUUAGGAGGGACUCGGUUCCGUGCGCCCGUACACACCAAGUUCCUCCAAGCUGACCCUUCCUCAAAGUCAACCAAGAACAAACAGCCCUCUGCGUAUGCCAGCCUAUGUAGUUGGGUUAGUCACCUCACGGAAGAGGUGGGAUAUGAGGUAGAGAGAGAGUAUCUACGCAUCCCGUCGACGAGGAAUAUCGCGGUCUUGGGGAGGACAAUUGCGAAUGAUGAGGAAUCAACACUAGAGAUAAGACUCGAGUUUGCUGGAGAGUUGGUAGAGAAAGAGAUGGGUGGGGCAACGACGCUUGAGCAGGUUUGGCGCAUGUGGAUCAAGUGUGGCGGGACUUUGUUAAAGCCAGGGAAGGGAGGUCAUUGAUGCAUUUGAUAUAAUGUAACACGAAGCUUAGCGUAGUCAUAAAGUACGAUAACACAAUGCAAGUCACUCAAUGGACAAUCACUGAGCAAAUUGGGUAUCAUUGGAACAUGACCACCUAAGACUGCGAAGCCGCAACUCAGGCGAGCAAUACAUUCGUAGUAUCAUCCUUCGUUUCGCCGUAUGCCACGGUAACCGAUCCCAUUUGGUGAUUCAGUAAAAGUUCGACAUGCAGAUGAUCCGUAUCUAUCCUUGUACUCCCCAAGCAAGUCUCAACCGCUUAAGAAGCAGGAGCAGCACCACGUCCCCGGCCGAAGCCACCACGGAACUCGGGCUUGAACUCGCCAGGAGCAGCGCC